GUUAAGCUCAAAAGGAUAACCUUCCUUCUCGGCUUAUCCUCCACCCAGUUCCUCGUGAGACCGAAGGUAACUCUUCCUGUCGUAAGAUGGCGACUUCUCUCCUCUUCCACCGAGCGCCACUUUUCCUUUCAAAUCCUAUCCCCAACCCUAAUCACCACUCUCACCGCUACAUCCCUCUCUCUCUCCACAUAAAAAAUAAACCCCUCAAAGUCUUCCUCCGAACUCCCCAAAUUCCAACUCAAUCCCCCUUCCUCGUCGAUUCAACUCGCACCAUCACUACAAUUUUAUCUCUGACAUUGUCUCUAUCCGGUUUGUUUGCCAAAUCCAUCCAAAACUUUGCUGUCUCUCUAAUCCCCAACCCUCAGAACCUCCUCUCCUUGCAGUCUGUACAAAAUAACAUGGUCCAUACGGUGGGUCCCUUGUUUUUCGCGGCUACCCGUGACCGUCCUAUCGGGUUGAACACGCCGCUGACGGUUGUCGCCGCCGGUUUGGCCAAGUGGCUUGAUAUAUACAGUGGGGUUUUGAUGGUUAGGGUUUUGCUGAGUUGGUUCCCGAACAUUCCAUGGGAUCGCCAACCGCUUUCGGCGAUUCGGGACUUGUGUGAUCCUUAUUUGAAUUUGUUUCGGAAUAUAAUUCCUCCUAUUUUCGAUACAUUGGAUGUUAGUCCGCUGUUAGCUUUUGCAGUGUUGGGAACGCUGGGCGCCAUUCUGAAUGGCAGUAGCGGAAUAUAUUGAGGUGCAUUAAUGGGUGAUGAUGGACUAAAAGUAAGGAAAAAUAUUUUGUUUUUGUUUUAAUUUUUUUUUCCGAUAAGUCCUAAUUGUAGUUCUACCGUAAUCGUUCAACCCGUUGAGAUAAAUGAAUUUUAUAAGCUCGCCGAAUUUUGUCCGUUGACUGAGAUUAUUAUUAUUAUUAUUAUUAUUUCCUUUUUAAUGGAGAUAUUGUUGGAUGGUUUUGAUA